UCCGUUAUCUCCUGCCCGGACUACAUGUCCCACAAUGCACCUCACUGUUAUUGUUCGGCUGCUGUUCAACAUGACGGCGCACGGCUGCGUCCUCCACAGAACACUGACCCGGUCCAAACCCGCUCCGAACCAGGUGUCCUCUCCCAUUAUAUGCAGGGAUGUCCUACGCAUUGUGGACAUUCGGCGUUACACCAGAGACCAGACGUCCCCUGUCUACUUCCCCCAGACUGUCCUCAGUGCUGAUGACCUGUAUGACGUCACACUGACAGACGAGGACUGUCUCCUUCAGCUGACUCUGGACCCCUGUCUGAACCGACUGGUGGAGAGGCGUGUCCUGCAGCCGGGCUCAGCCUUCUGUAACGCCUCCUUCAGCCCCACCCUGAGCGCUCAGCUCCCAGAAUGCCCUGGGGCCUCUAGAGACAGCUACAGACUGGUGAGCCUGCAGGUUAGAGACGAGGGUCGAGGCGAGGAUGACGACACCAGGGUCAGGAGUUCAGGCUGGGACUCUCUGCCCUGGUUUGGAUCAUCAGAACCAACAGGUCCGCUGGUUCCUCUCAGAGCCAAUCGGGUUGUGUUUCUUCCACUGUGGAACAGCGUGGACUACAGCGGGGAGGUGUGGAGGGAAGCUCCGCCCACUGAAGGAGGAUUUGAUGAUGAUGAUGAAGAGGACAGAGGACGACGCCCAGGGGUGACAGUGUCCGAGCUGCGAAACUCCUUCCUGUCAGGGCGAGGAGGUGUGGCCAGGGGUGCUGUCCAGCAUCAGCUGAUUGUACGCAUCAUCAGCAAGUCUCACCUGAUGUAUUAUGGGAGGACUGACAGGAACUGUGAGUGUCCAUAUAAGGUGUUCCUGCAGGUGAACGACUGCACAGGAAGUGUGUGUGUGGUGUUGUGGAACAGUGUGUGUGUAAACUGGUAUCGCUGUGUGAAGCCUGGUGACAUCAUCAGUCUGAGACACUAUCGAGUGAAACGGCACUACCAGGCUCAGGUGGAUGACAUAGAGAUCAGUGUCAACAGCAGGAAUCCUGCCGCUCAGAUCGCUGUCCUCCCAGAAUCCUCGGUUUCACCUGAGCACCUCCCACCUGCACCCACCUACAGCUUCUGCAGCAGUAAGGACUUGCUGGAGCUCGCCGACUGCAGCGUGUGUGAUGUCAUCGGCCUGCUGACGUUCACAGGGCGAUCGGAGCGGGUCAGGAGUAGAGACAGUCGAGGGGCGGAGCUUCGGGAAUAUCGGUGGUUGCGAUUGGAGGAUGGAAGCAGCAGUAAGCCAAUCAUGGUGAAGCUUUUCUCCACAUCUCAGCCUGAAGCACACCUGAAGCUCCACCCACUCUCAGUGGUCGUUUGCACCCGACUGACACGGAUCAGAUGUGAUCGUGGUUUUUACCUGACCAACAGCGCCUUCACUCAGGUGUACUGCACAGGACUGGGCCACCACUCACAGAUGAGCUACCGUAGGUCUCCACAGGUGAAGCUCUUCCUCCAGUGGCUGGGGAGUCAGGAGGAUGCCCAGGUGCUGAGCAGAGCUCUGAUUGGAGGAUUCUUCAUCCACCCGCCCCCUCCUGUCUCCUUGGAAACGUACAUGAAGGAGAGGAGAGGUGAGAUGGGGUUCCUGCAGGGGGCGGAGCUUCAGAGGGAGCUGGAGAGGCUCUGUUACCGGGAGCGACAUUCCUUCUGCAUCCAGGCAACAGUUACCAUGGUUACCUACAGCCUCAGAGGAAAGGAGGACCGCUGUUUGUUCUGGAUGGAUAGAGCUUCAUCCCUCUCCUCUCCCUCCCCUCAACCCCCCUCCUCACCACCUUCACUAAGACCCUCCUCUUCACCCUCGUUCUCUCCGGCCUCAGCUGCCAGCACGUCCACUCCUCAUCCUUCUGACCACACUGCUCGCACAAAGCGGAUGAAGAGGAAAAUGCUGCUACAGGAUGAGACGCCGAAGAAAAGACGUCCACAGCUCACCGUUCUACCAGAAGACAAGAACAAGACAGUUAUUCUGUUUGAAACCUCCAUGGAGUUCCUGGAAAGUCCUGCUGAUGAGGAUGAUGAUGAUGAUGAUGAUGAUGAUGAUGAUACCUUACUCUUCAGCAGCACCCCCACCUUCCCAUCUGUUCACAUGGAAACGUUACCAAUGAAAUAUAACUACACCCGUAGGGAGGAGCAGGCUGCCACCCUGGCGAUGGAAGGCACAAUGACAUCUGAGACGUUUGACCCCGCCCACAAGGACUACUACACACUGAGACUGAGAGCUCUGUCAGAUGGACUACUGGUGGACGCAUUCUUUCUCCCCCACCUCUAUUCAUCCUCACCUUGUUCUUCAGCCCUCCAUCACUCUAAUACCUGGACCUCCAUCUUAUCCCACGGAGCCUUCUCCAGCAACACACCUCCUCCUCACCCAGCUGAUCUCAUCGCCAUGGCAGCCCAGUUGACCAAUCAGAGGCUGGUUUGUGUCCUGGAGGCAUGUCAUCUGGGUGGAUCUAGAACUGAGCUGGUCCUGGUCCGAGCGUUCUGUCUGAAUGGCUGAAGUCCUCUUUUACUCCCCAGAGUCUUAACUAAUGACAGUAUCCAUCUGUUUUACCUGUUUACCCUGUUUACCUGUACCACCUGUUUUACUUCUGCCACCUGUUAGUGUUUAUGUUUGUGCUGGAACACCAAGGUCAGAAGUGAUGAUCUAUAACGUCUGAUGGGAUUGGUGAUGGCAUCAUCACAGCAGCAGUAUGAAACACACCUGAUGUUUUAGUGUUCAUUAACUAAAUGUGAUUAAAGUGUUUUGAUCCUG